AUUAAUAUCGCUUAGUUAUUAAUGUUUAUGUUACUAAAUAAAUAAUUAUUAAUCAGUAUUGAAAAGAUUACACGGCUUAACUCACCUUACACUAGAGUACUUAGCUACAAUGACCUUGACACUUGUCUAGUGACUACUGUUGUUACGGAAGAUUAUUAUCGCUUAGUUAUUAAUGUUUAUGUUACUAAAUAAAUCAUUAUUAAUCAGUAUUGAAAAGAGUACACGGCUUAACUCACCUUACACUAGAGUACUUAGCUACAAUGACCUUGACACUUGUCUACUGACUACUGUUGUUACGGAAGAUUAUUAUCGCUUAGAUUUUAAUGUUUAUGUUACUAAAUAAAUAAUUAUUAAUCAGUAUUGAAAAGAGUACACGGCUUAACUCACCUUACACUAGAGUACUUAGCUACAAUGACCUUACCGCACCAUUUGGCCGAGACGAAGGGCAGGCAGGCAGUGGACACAAUGGACAGUUAGUGAUAAGAGAGACUAUAGCUGACAGCUACUGAUAAAGCUGCCUGGGCAGUGAGUGGGUUGGACAGUGAACAUAGUCGCAGUAGUGAUCAGGCUCUAUGCACCAGCCAGCUGCACUCCGUAAACGCCUGUGCUGUUGUUACGAGGACGAGGACUCGGACUCGGGCAAGUACCAGUUGACAGAUGUCGCAUCCUCGACGGGUCAGUUCUUCACGGCGGCCCACCACGACAUGUCUACCUACUUCCGCGACGGUCGACGCAAGAUAGACUUCGUGAUGGUGUACGAGGAGACACUGGUGGCGGGGAGCAGCGCUCAGAGCCGAAGAGCUUCUGUCAUGGUGCCGCAUCCCGUGCACAUGCUCGACAAGAAGUUGGCCAAGCACGAGAACUGGAGGCAGAGGUUCAUGUCCAACCUGAGGAAGGCCGGUUUGGACAUGGAAGAAGAGGUGGUGGAGGCCCAGAACCGCAAGCUCGUGUAUUUCAUCAAACUGCACGCGACUUGGCCUGUUCUCUGCCAUUAUGCGGAAGAACUCAAUAUGCGAGCACCACUACAGGCUCAUCCCAACCCAUCUGUCAACUGGUCUGAGAUUGCCCUCAAAGCCCUCAAAUUGCCCAACAUUAUGUAUGAGGACGUGCCCUGCAAGCCCUUGGACUUCUACACAUGUCCCUUCAGGAAAUCCAAAAUCGAUAAAUUCCUUGGAAGCGAGAACCGUGAUACAUUUUUCAGUAACGUCCAGAGAAGUCGAAUCGUAUAUGAAAUCUUAUCCACUGCCAUAUUUGGAAAGAAGAAGAAAGGGGAAGUUGGGAUCGAUAGGUUGGUAGACGAAGGAGUCUUCUCUUCGUCAUUUCCUCUUCAUGAUGGUCCUUAUGAGUGUAAAAACAUGAAAGGAAGUGAGGUACCUCUAAACCCCAGACAGGUUCUCUACGAGUAUUGGGCUCGGUGGGGGAAAUGGUACAAGUACCAACCUUUAGACCACAUCCGAGAAUACUUCGGGGAAAAGAUAGCAAUAUACUUCGCUUGGUUAGGUUUCUACACGGGAUGGCUGCUGCCGGCAGCUAUGGUGGGGUUGCUGGUGUUCCUGUACGGGGUGUUCACUAUGAACAACAACCGCUUGGCGCUGGAAGUGUGUAACAGCGGGGGUAGUUACAAGAUGUGCCCUCUGUGUGACGAGAAGAUUGGCUGCAAAUAUUGGGAUCUCAGUGAUGUCUGUGAUGAUGCCAAGAUUGCCUACUUGUUCGACCACCCAGGAACUGUAUUUUACGCUGUUUUCGUUUCUUUCUGGGCCGUGACAUUUUUGGAAUACUGGAAGAGAAAAUCGGCUUCUUUGGCUCACCACUGGGACUGCAUGGGGUUCAAGGACGAGGAGGAGCGCCCUAGGCCUGAAUUUGCCGCGAGAGCGCCUUUCUUCGAGAGGAACCCUGUCACUGGGAUUCCUGAGCCCAGUUUCCCGAAAGCUCUCAGGAAUAAACGAGUGGCUGCGGGAAUCGGCAUAGUCUUCCUGAUGAUAUCAUUAGUUAUCAUCUUCAUAAUUGCAGUGAUAAUCUACAGAGUGUUAAUAUCCAUGCCACUGUUCCAAAACCAAACAUUCCGCUCUCAGGCUCAGAGCAUUGCCAAUGUGUCUGGUGCAGUGGUUAAUUUGGUCAUCAUCAUGCUUAUGAGUAGAAUGUAUGAAAACCUUGCCUAUCGUCUUACUUCAUGGGAAAUGCAUCGAACACAGACCGAGUUUGAUGACAACUUAACCUUCAAGGUGUUCAUCUUCCAGUUUGUCAAUUACUACUCAUCUAUCUUCUAUAUAGCCUUCUUUAAAGGUCGUUUUGUGGGCUAUCCAGGGAAUUAUACUCUUAUCUUAAGCCUUAGAAAUGAAGAUUGCAGUGCCGGCGGCUGUUUGAUCGAACUCGCUCAGCAACUGGCUGUCAUUAUGAUUGGCAAGCAGAUAAUUAACAACGCACAAGAAAUUCUUCUGCCAAAAAUUAAAGCUUGGUGGCACAACAAGAGGGUGAAACUGUCGAAGAAGCACACAAAGACCAGGUGGGAAGAAGACUACCAACUUGUAGAUAAUGAAGGUCUUUUUGAAGAGUAUUUGGAAAUGGUCCUCCAAUUCGGAUUCAUUACCAUAUUUGUGGCCGCUUUUCCGCUGGCACCUUUAUUUGCACUUUUGAACAACUGGGUAGAGAUUAGACUGGAUGCACAAAAGUUUGUCUGUGAGAACAGAAGAAUUGUGGCGGAGCGAGCAGAAAACAUUGGAAUAUGGUUCAAAAUCCUGCACAUGCUCGCUCACCUUGCUGUGAUAAGUAAUGGUUUCCUGAUAGCUUUCACAUCAGAGUUUCUGCCGAAACUCUUGUACCAGUACGACUACAACUGGGAUCUAUCGGGCUACGUGAACUUCACACUGGCGUACUCUCCGGUCGGCGCCCACAAGCAGCAAUGUCGCUACCGAGGCCUGAGAGACGAGAACGGAAACCACACACCGUUCUUUUGGAGGCUGUUAGCCGUCCAGUUCGCUUUUGUCAUUAUAUUUGAACAUGUUGUGUUUGGAGUGUGUCGCUUGAUUGACGUCCUAGUCCCUGAUAUCCCAGAGAGCCUGGAGCUGAAAAUAAAAAGAGAGCGAUAUCUUGCCAAACAGGCUCUCCAGGAUUCGGAUUCGAUAAUGAAGGUGAUUUCAUACUUGCCAGCUCAAUUUGUAGCAGCUGGAGUGGAGGAUAGUAUAGACAUAUCUAAACGUAUGGUGUUGGACCUGACCGCCGAGCUGGGAGGCGGAGAAGUGUCCCCACAAGGGGGUGAGCCCCCCACGAUACCUAUACAGCUACCCCCCUCGAUACCUAUACAACUGCUGUCCCCGACGGGGUCAGAGCCUCCGACGAUCCCCAUACAACUGACGUCACUCCCCCCGCAUCUGCCCCCACGACGCUCCAUGACCACCCUCAACAUACACCAGCCGCCCACACGUUCCAUAGAACGAGUCAGACCCCGGCCUAAAAGCCAAACAUCUUGACACGAUAUUACCACCCUUUGAGACUCGAGUGAUAAUGACUGAACGUAUAUUUUUGUACAAGGAAAGUGUGGUGAAAAUGUUGUUGAUCGCGUCUCACGUGAAAUGAUCUGUGAUAAUCUUAUUAUUUAAUAAGCUAUUUCUUUACAUAGUCCGCUAGAUGUUUCCGAUGUAAGUGUUGUUUUAUUCUCGAUAUAUCAAAUGAAAUUAGGAUAUGUGUUCAUUAUUAUUGAUACAAGCAAUAACAGGAGAAGAGUACCAGUUUUAAUUUCGAUAAACAAAUAAUUUAAGUCAAUUUACAUUCCUAAGAUAAUGAAGUUGUUACUGUUUUAUAAAAACAAUUUUAUAACAAUAUCGUAUCAACAUUAGACUCAACAGCAUUAAAGGGUAAAUAUUGUCAUGUUGUAAUGGUGUAUACAUCAACUAAAUUGAACCCUAAUAAUUAUUUAUGCUGUAUAAUAAUGCCUUUUAAUAGCACUGAAAUUGAUAAUAAGUAGGUAAUUUAUAAUGUUAGAAUAUUAGCAAUUUUGAUAGACCCUUUAUGAAUUUAUAAAGAUUUUUUUAUUCCAUUAAAUUGUAGAAAAGUGUGCAACAAAAGAAAUUUCCAUUUGCUACAAACCAACAUAUCUUAAUACGUAUACACUCUUGUUGAUCGACUUUCUCUCUUUGUUUGUUUAUUUUAACGGUAGAGAAUCUUAAUAGAUGUAGGACAAAAAUAAUAAAUACUAUAUGCUUUGGUAGAUAAAAAUAUGAUUUUUACACUUUUUUACAGAUAAUUAAGUAGGAAUACCUCUUCAUAUCCAGUAAAACUUAUGCACCAGUAAUGAUUUAAAAUUUAAAACAAUUUUAUUUUGUCCAAUUAUGUUUUAGUCACUAUAUGUUAUCUCAGAACAUUAUAUACUAAAUUAAAUUUUUUUAAGAGUUUUGUUUUUGAAUAUUUGGCUAAAAUACUAUUUAUUCUCUUCGUAGUGUAAGUCCGUAAGUAUGUGAAGAGUCAGAAAGUACAGCAGUACAUUUAGUUGUUCGCUCACUUCAUACAAACACAUAACAACUACAAGUGCCUUAUUUCCUUAAUCUGUUUUCAGUCAUAGAUGUAAGAAUUAUAAUUAGCAAGUUUAUUUCAAGAGAUUAUGAAAUUUUUAUGAUAAAAACCAGUUGAUGCACUAUGACAUUAUCAAUAAUUUUUCUGAGAAAUUGACAUAGUUUGUGGAACUCUAACCCAUCUCAGAAUUCUACCAAUUCUCCCACAAAAUAUUAUCAUCCAAACUUGUAUUAACUUUAAAAAACAAACCUGUAGCCCAACUAUGCAAACCACAGAGAUAUAUGGAAAUCAAUCUAGCAAUCAUAGCAGUCCUCAUAUUUCCAAAAUUCGUGACUUUUGGUAAGAAAAUAUCAGUGUCAAAAAUAUUUUCUUUCCAAAGCCUCCAUUACUAUCUCGGUAAUCUUCACCCCUAUCCCGGCAGUGCCAGAUUUGCCACUAGGCUGACUAAGGCCCAGGCCGCACGAGGUCUCAGAUACAUACUGUGUAUAGGAUUCGAAUAUCAUUGUCUACAGCAUGGCGAUAGAUUGGUACUCCCAACCACUCUCUUCAUGUCAUGUUUUAAUUUGGUUUUAACUUUUUUACAACAAUAUUUUCUGGUUGGAAGGCAAUGGUCUCACACUUGAGCUACGAUUGUGAUUGAAGUGUGAGAGCAUUGCAAGUGUGAGAGCAUUGCAUGUGUGAGAGCAUUGCAUGUGUGAGAGCAUUGCAUGUUUGAGAGCAUUCAACCGAUCAAUUGCCCUGUGCAGCCGCUUUUCAUUCUAAGAUAUGGAUUUUAAAUUAAGUUAAUAAUAACUCAUCUAACACAGGGGUUUGGACAAAAUUUUGUCAUAGGCCUCAAGAUCAGUAAAUCUGGCACAGGUUCCAGGUAUAAAUGGCAUACUCAAACUUCGAUCAACAUCUAUAAAGCAUAUCUGGAUCUUUAGUGUUGGAAAAUUCAGUACAUGGACUGAAAUUUUUCUUUAAUAAAAAAACACAGUUUAAUAUGUUUUGUCUCCUGAAUUGAUGUUUGACAAUAAAUAAAUAAUGAACAUGCCUUUCCAUCGUAAAUCCAACUUUUUUAAAUAGAUUACCAGUCCCAUUGUCAUUUCAGGUCAUGAAAUUGUUAGAAAUCGGGCAUGUAGUCAAAAAUAAAAUUAAAUACAGAUGGAUAAAUAAACACACAUCCACAAAAACAUUCAACUCAAUGAAUAAAUACAAAAUAAUUUCAUGUUAGUUGUGUAUGGGCCGGCCCUUGUCAGGAAUGGAUGAUAAAUCUUUCUGGUAGCACGUCUACAUACUGACUGCAAUACUGGUGAAUGAAGUGAUUGCUACGUGGAACUUUUCAUACCCACGUCCACUUAUAUAUGGUAAUUAAAGUUAAGCCCAAGAAAAAUGUUUAUGUAGCAGAAUCUGUUUAUGAGUUAAUCUGUUAUGAGUCAAUUUAUUCACAUCAAAUAUGUUUGUUUAAAAUAAUGUAAAUCUUGAGCUAUGCUUAUGUUACAACUUUUUGCCGAACGCUUUGAGAACCAUCCUCCAUUGGAUGUGAAGAGUCACUAACUAUCUUACAAACUAUUAAGUCCAGUAUACAUUUAUUAAGUUUAACUUUCACAACUUGAGCGAAAACAAGAAUAUUAAACCACUUAUAACAGGACAUAUAUUGUAAAUCCUUCAAACUUUAAACCAGUGUAAUUUUUUAGAAUGAACCUUUUCAGGUUUUAUUUGCAAAAUUGUACUCUACUAAUAGAAACUUUUAAUUUUAUUUACUCGACGUAUGCUCUAACUCCUUGCGAUCCCCCUGACAUGAUAAAAAAUUUGGAAGUUACUUUAAAAAGUAGAUUUAUAGGUGCAGUAAUGAUGCACCAAGUUUUAUUGCUUUCGGGAUCUUUCGGGAUUUACACCCUGUACAUAGAAAUCGAUAGAGAAAUCUCUCCUAGGAAAGGUCUACUCUCAGCCACACUAGUCUCGGUGGAUAUUGAAAUGGGAGAGUAUCAGAAAUCUCUCCUAGGAAAGGUCUACUCUCAGCCACACUAUUCUCGGUGGAUAUUGAAAUGGGAGAGUAUCAGAAAUCUCUCCUAGGAAAGGUCUACUCUCAGCCACACUAGUCUUGGUGGAUAUUGAAAUGGGAGAGUAUCAGAAAUCUCUCCUAGGAAAGGUCUACUCUCAGCCACAAUAGUCUCGGUGGAUAUUGAAAUGGGAGAGUAUCAGAAAUCUCUCCUAGGAAAGGUCUACUCUCAGCCACACUAGUCUCGGUGGAUAUUGAAAUGGGAGAGUAUCAGAAAUCUCUCCUAGGAAAGGUCUACUCUCAGCCACACUAGUCUUGGUGGAUAUUGAAAUGGGAGAGUAUCAGAAAUCUCUCCUAGGAAAGGUCUACUCUCAGCCACACUAGUCUCGGUGGAUAUUGAAAUGGGAGAGUAUCAGAAAUCUCUCCUAGGAAAGGUCUACUCUCAGCCACACUAGUCUCGGUGGAUAUUGAAAUGGGAGAGUAUCAGAAAUCUCUCCUAGGAAAGGUCUACUCUCAGCCACACUAGUCUCGGUGGAUAUUGAAAUGGGAGAGUAUCAGAAAUCUCUCCUAGGAAAGGUCUACUCUCAGCCACACUAGUCUCGGUGGAUAUUGAAAUGGGAGAGUAUCAGAAAUCUCUCCUAGGAAAGGUCUACUCUCAGCCACACUAGUCUUGGUAGAUAUUGAAAUGGGAGAGUAUCAGAAAUCUCUCCUAGGAAAGGUCUACUCUCAGCCACACUAGUCUUGGUGGAUAUUGAAAUGGGAGAGUAUCAGAAAUCUCUCCUAGGAAAGGUCUACUCUCAGCCACACUAGUCUUGGUGGAUAUUGAAAUGGGAGAGUAUCAGAAAUCUCUCCUAGGAAAGGUCUACUCUCAGCCACACUAGUCUUGGUGGAUAUUGAAAUGGGAGAGUAUCAGAAAUUUUAAAAUUAUUAAACAACAUUAAAACUAACUUUUAUAUGCAUAAAUAAAUAUUAAACAAUAGUUCUAUAAAAUGUUCUGCUGUACUUCUGAACUUAUCAACACUCUCAAUUAAUUAAAGGCUAUUUCUUUUAAUAAAUCUUUCAUCAUAAAUAUUUGUUUUAUGGAGUUUUUGUAUUAUUUGAUUAAAAUUUGCUUGAUAUGGACGAUCAAGAUUUUAAAAUAGAUUAUACUUGUUUUUCUCCACUGCUUUCAGGCAUUUUGUAACAGCGGUUGCAGAAUUUCUGAGUAUACGCUAAAAUUGAACUAAUCUCUCUUUCUGUAGCUUUCUCAUCUAUAAAUUAUGCACUCUCAUUGUUAUUAAAUAACGACAAUAAAUUUAUAUCAUUAAAUGCAAUUAAGACACUUUGUAAGCUGCAAUUUAAUCAGUGCUCUUUGAAGGGUCUGAAAUAUAAAGUAGUGCCUGAUUAUUUUAGUUGUUUCUGACAAAUGUUAUACAAAAUCGUACUUUUUGUUGUGCGUUGUCUGUUUUUAUCAAGUUAUAGCUUGCUUUUAAACUAAUUAGCUUGCAUAAAGGCAAAUCUAACUAUUAACAGAGCUUUAAGUUUUGUUUAAUCGAAUAAAGGUUUAAUUGGUACUCAUGGUGUACCGUAACUGAAUCCGUACAUUGAGAGUUGUUGCUGUGACGGUUUUUAUUAACAUAGUUUUACUUUAAAUGACACUUGAAAGGAGUUGUUUUCAUCUGUAAGUACUUUUACAGUACAGCCUUAAUGAUACACACACAUACAAACUUGCCCAAUUUGCGCUUAAAUCUAAUAAAGUUCCGAACAUUAAAUAAACAUUUAAUAAAUUGUUUUAAAUUAAAUGUAAUUACACUUUAAGACACUUCAGCAUGAGUUCACUACGUUAAUGAGAAAUGUUUAUAUAACUGCUAGAGUGACACUAGAGUGCUGCUCCUUAUAGUAGUUGGCCCAUCACUACACAUCAGAAUGAUGUUACAAAUCGCGGUAGUCUCUUGAGAUCUCAAUGACACUAGAGUGACACUAGAGUGCUGCUCCCUAUAGUAGUUGGUCCAUCACUACACAUCAGAAUGAUGUUACAAAUCGCGGUAGUCUCUUGAGAUCUCAAUGACACUAGAGUGCUGCUCCUUAUAGUAGUUGGUCCAUCACUACACAUCAGAAUGAUGUUACAAAUCGCGGUAGUCUCUUGAGAUCUCAAUGACACUAGAGUGACACUAGAGUGCUGCUCCUUAUAGUAGUUGGUCCAUCACUACACAUCAGAAUGAUGUUACAAAUCGCGGUAGUCUCUUGAGAUCUCAAUGACACUAGAGUGCUGCUCCUUAUAGUAGUUGGUCCAUCACUACACAUCAGAAUGAUGUUACAAAUCGCGGUAGUCUCUUGAGAUCUCAAUGGAAAACAAUCCCUGGUCCGGUGGAAUGUUUAGGUAGUAACGUCUCACUUGUCAGUGAGACAGUUAAAAAUUAAAUAUUAAAUAUCGUGAAUGAUUUGCCAUAAUUGAAAAUUACACUAUUUUUGAAGAAAUUAUGAAAAAUUAUAAUAAAUGUAGAGCCAGAUGCUGAGAAAUACUGAACAAAUCUCAAACAAAAUGAAAAAUCAAGCAUGAAUAAACUACAAAGUAAAAUGUAUGAAGUUAUAAUGAAAUAUUUCAAAAUUUACAUGUAAUGAAAAUGAAACGAGAGAAACUUUUAGCUGUUGAGUGAUUUAUGUCGGUAAUUGUUCCAAUAAGCAAUUAAAAUAUUCAAAAUUUAUUAAUUACCACCAUUUUAUUGUAUAGAAAACUAAUAAAUCAAUUUACAAAACUCCCUCUUUAUGGACAAACAUCACCAAGACUAAUACAAAUAUGUGUUUCUUUUAAAUUUUUAAUUAGCAGGUUGAAUUACAGAUCAUUAACUUAAAACCUGCACAUUCUGCAUCCGGUCAUUGAAGAAAUAUCAACAGAACAUUAUUACCAGACAUAUUAGUGAAGGUCAAGGACGUAGCUAACUAAGGAGAUUAAAGGGGUCUGGGCCCUCCCCAAAUUUUGAAUUUUUUAAGUUACUUUUUUGGCAAACUAUUAUUAUUUAGAUAAAUCAGGAUUACUGUCAUGUACUGCUGAAAUAUCGUUCUCAACAUUGAAAAAGGUCAAGAACUUUUUAAGAAACAAAAUGGAGAUUGAGCAAUGACUACACUUGCCUUACUUUGUGACAUUCUUGGUGAAGGUUAAUUUGUAUGGUCACACCAUACUAAAUUUACCACUGAAAUACAUUUUUGAAUCAUUUAGCGCUGGAUUGUAAAGAUACUUACAGUUAUCUCCAUAUUUACUGCUUGUUCAAAAAAAAAUUGAAAAUUUUGUUUGUUUAGAAAUGCAAUAUACAACUAAUUAUAUUCAACUUGUACAUAGAAUGCUUCUGUGGAUAAAGGGCUGUGAAGGUAACCUUGUUUCUAAUAUGAUCAAAGUCAUAUAUAUUACUGUACUCUGUAUUGUUGGACAAAAUUACUAUAAAUAAAUUGUUAAAGUUAUUGUUAAUUAUGAUGUUGAUUGUUGAAACUCAUAUGUUCAAAAUAAGUUAUUGAAGAUGUCUAAACAAUGAAUAUUGAAGCCUCGUAGAUGUCUUCCUGUUAAAGAAAAGUCUACAUGUGUGUCACAUAUUUUGUAUAAAAAGUUGUUUACUUUUUUCUUCUAUAUUACGCACUUAAUUGACAUUUUAUGUGUUUACAUUUUAGUAAUUUGUGUAAGCCAUAGCAUCAAAAAUCAAUUAUGCACUCUUUCAUGUACAAUCCUUGUAAUAAAUUCUAUUAUUAAUUAA